AUGGAAAAGGGGGGGGUAGCAACCGACCAGCGGGGUUUUGUCGCGACGGAACAGAACGGAGAGAAAAGGAACGGUCGCCGAAAAAAAGGUGGGAGGACGGUCGACGCCGGCGAAAAAACGGAACGCGACAAGUCCAGGCACGAGCCGACACAACCCCAAACGCGCGAUGAAGUGCACGUGUCCCGGGCAGGGGGGACGAGGAGCGCCUGGAUGCUGUUCUCCGGUCAGCUGAGGCAAAAGAAACAAAAAGAGCGCCGGCCUCGGGGUCUUUUCGCGAGGAGCGGAAGAAGGGACAUUGGCCGCCGUCGAACGGCCUGGCUGGAAUGGAGAAGGAGGGGAGAAGGCGAGGCCGAAGCCGCUCCCUCCUCCCAGUCUUUGGCUUAG